AUCUUUCUUCCCCAAACAUUGGCGGAUUAGGACAGGCUGCACCCACUCUCUCUCUCUCUAAGUUUUAAUAAUGGCUUCCCCAUUUUCAACUACUACUGUUAAUUGCGUUGGUGUAUGAUUGCUGUCUUCUCUCUCCACAAGCUCACACACACUUUGUGUAGAUUCGAAUUUCCAUAGGCAUAAUGCGGAGUUAACUUUACAUGUAUAUACUAGCUCCAUCUCUGAAUUUCCUCAUCUUGUCGUUUCUAUCUCUUCAAUCAAAGUUACCCACUUUCUAGCUUAUCUCCUCCCAUUUUCUAUCUUUGCUUUUUUCUGCUUUUUCAUUCUUUUUUUAUUUCCUUUUGGUGGAGGUAGUGGCGUCAAUGCAUCAAAUUCGGUGCUGCUAUGAUGGCUUGUUGAUUUCUGUUGCGAGAAAUGGUAUUUGCAUCUUCGUUAUUGGCAUAAAAUGCCAGGAAAUUUGAGCUUUUUAGGGGGUCUUUUUCUAAUGAAAAAUAUGGGAUUAUAGCCUUGGUUUCAUCAAUUCGCAUUCUUUUGUUUUUGGAGAAUUAGAUAUCUUUUGGUGGUGGAUGUAGAGAGAAGGGAUGCCGAGUGAAAGGGGCACUCAUUGGUGCUAUAGUUGUAGGGCAAGCGUCAGUCUCCGAGGGAGAGACGCAGAGUGCCCCGACUGCAGAGGAAGUUUCAUCCAAGAGCUCGAGGAUGCAACGAGCAUGGCAGACGAGGAACACAUCCAAGAGCCGAGGUUCAUGGAGGCAGCCACCAGUUUCCUCAGGCGGCACAGGGCUGUCGUAUCCGAUCAGAAUGCCGAUUCGUGGAACUCAUUCCUCAUUUUCAGCGGGGACAUGCCGGCCAGAAUGCCUGGCAGCGGCGGCCUUGUGGAGUUCCUAAACGAGACUCUGGGAUUCAGGCGACAGAAUGGGGGGGACUACUUCAUCGGACCCGGUGUGGAGGAGUUCUUCGAGCACGUCACCAGCGACAGCCGCCAGCGCAUCCCUCAGCCGGCUUCAAGAUCCUCCAUCGACGCCCUGCCAACCGUCAAGAUCUCUAGGAGGCACGUUCGUGCAGAUUCCACCUGUGCUGUGUGCAAAGAAAGAUUCGAGCUGGGCUCUCGAGUGAGGAAGCUUCCGUGCAAGCAUCUGUACCACUCCGACUGCAUCGUGCCAUGGCUGCAGCAGCGCAGCUCCUGCCCCGUGUGCCGCCAGCAGAUAAUCAAUGGCGGGGAGCAAAGCAGGAGAGACGAGCAAGAAACACGGCGGCGUUGGUCUUUCUCGUGGCCGUUUGGCUCGUCUCGUUCCGGUAGCCGCCGCCGUGAAAGAGGUGGGGAAGCUAGCCACCACAACCACCGUGCUCACUACUCCAGUUGGCCUAUUCAAUAUUAAGGUCUUCCAUUUUACUAAUGAAUCUUGCUGUCUAGUAUUUAUUUGUGAUCAUAGUGUUUGAAUGAAUAAGAUCACUUGCAGACAAUAAUAUAAUGUGUUACAUUUGGCUGCAGACUUUGUACCUUGCUUUUCCUAUGAAAAUUAAUGAUCAUAAGCAGUUUUUUUAAUAUCAAAA